UGGGUCGGGACGAGAGGAACGAAUCGGAAGGAGGAGCCUGCGGGAUUCGGGAUCGCCACUCUUCCGAACAUCAUAACGAACGGAUCCGAUAUGCAGCGCUUGGGAGAGUGGCACAGGUUCAAGGUUCAUAUCACUCGUAUCACUGAACGAAGAAAUAGAGUGGGGUUUGAAAAAGUUGUGUUUAAAGAAAUCAUGUCGAUCGAGACAUUCUUCUACAAGCAGUUCUCACGAAGACACUAUGCGCCAAACGGUUCUCGUACUUAUCCUGUUCGCGUGCGUGACACGUGCACCGGGUGAAAAUUUCUUCGAUUUUAUCAUGUCCGCAUGGAAAAAUCCAGCAGAAUCAGCAUGUACAGGAUGUUCCGGCAAAGUUCUCGUCACCGACGAGGAUGACAAAACUAAUAACAUUGAAGAUGUCAGUGACAGUGUUGAUGAGAGUGCUCUCACAGCCCUUAGAGUGGAGUACAUCAAAAACCAAAUACUGAAAAAGCUCCGAUUGAAAGAAAAACCUUCCGUUUCUGCGGAUAGCCUUCCGAAGGUUAUUCGAGAGAAUGCCUAUAUUAUACCGAAACUUUACGAUGAAGAUGACAACUACACCGAAGAGUACUACGCAAAAACUACAAGGGCUGUCAUCUUUCCUUACGAAGAUGCCGCUCGAUGUAUCAGAAAAAUCAGGUAUCCUUCCGCUUGCAUUCCUUUCCAAAUGUCUUCUGGGCUUCAAGCUUCAGAUGUUAGUUCCGCCGAGCUAUGGUUUUACAAACUACCGGAUCGUCUCGAUGACCACAAUCAAACUUUCGUAAUCAAUGAAGUUGCUCAUUGGGAUAGCAAUAAAAGUUUUCAAAAAAAUCAACCAUUAGCUAUUAAAGAAACAAGCAUAACAGCUGCUUGGUUAAACGUGGAUGUAUCUUACGUUGUGAAAAAUUGGCUUCAAUAUCAAGAUUCCCCAACGCACGCCAUAAACGUCGUUUGUAAAACGUGCGGAAAUGAUAAAAAUCAAUCGCCGAUAGCUCACGAUGGGGAUAGAAAACCGUUUAUAGUUAUUUAUACGCAUAAUCAAGAGAGGGUUAAACAACACAAUAGAAAUAAAAGGCAAACUGAUUGUGGGCCAAAUAGUAACGAGUGUUGUCGCGAACAUCUUUAUAUUUCUUUUGCGGAUAUUGGUUGGAACGAUUGGAUUUUACACCCGCCUGGGUAUAACGCUUAUUAUUGUAAAGGUUCUUGCGAAACAGCUGCUUCUUUAACUUUGGCUGGAUCAGACCAUAAUCAUAUAUUAAACAGAAUUAUGUUGGGGAAGCAACAUAAAAAGACGACAAAGUUAGAAUUAAAGCCAUGUUGUGCACCGACUCAUUACAAACCGUUACAAUUGCUGUACAUGAACGACAACAAAACGAUAACAACGAAAAUUUUACCAAAGAUGAUCGUAGAUUCUUGUGGAUGUAUGUAAAAUAAACGAAAAAAUUGAUCGUACUCACAAUACCGAUGCAGUAUUGAAAAGCAAAAAAGUCGUCAAAGUUGUUGUUUAUUAAUAAUAAAAAUGGUCACUUUUA